GCGAGACCACUGAAUGGUCCAGAUCGAUGCUGUCGCCCGCGGUGUCUUUGUUGUGCGCUCGAACCAACGAUAACGUCAGAGUAAACAGUGAGAGUGUGACGUGCGUGUUCCGCGUCCGGAGACGUCGCUGCGUGACGCUAUCGGUCUGCUCUGCUUGGUGACUCUGGCUAAUCCCAGAUUAGCCCAGUCCGGUCCUCACAGCCACAGAGGAUGCCCCUGUUCCGGGAUGGGGAACUGGACCUCGUCCACAGGAGCCCAGUCUGGCUCGGCGCCGUGCGCCCAGUAUGUCGAGGAUCUGGUGUCUCAGCACUGCGUGGUCAUCUUCUCCAAGACCACGUGUCCCUACUGCAGGAUGGCCAAACACGUCUUCGAUGAGCUCGGCACAGCGUACAGGGUGGUGGAGCUGGACCAGCACAGCGAGGGCCAGCGCCUGCAGGAGGCACUGGCCCACGUGACGGGAGCUCGGACGGUUCCCAGAGUCUUCGUCAACGGGAAGUGCAUCGGCGGCGGCACCGACACCCGACAGCUCCACCAGCAGGGCCGGCUGCUGCCGCUCAUCCAGCAGUGCGCCCCCUGCUGCGCCGGCGAGGAGGCUUCCGGGAGCGGCUCCCUGCCCCAGGCCUCCAAAUGACUGACCGCCCUGCCUCUGAGCGCCGCACUCCUCCUGGCCGCCGUCACGCACAUGUUUUUAGGGACUUGAACUGACGUUUUACUCUGUAUUUAAGCUUUUGACUGACGUGUUUAUUUCAGCCGGUGCAGCGGUUGUGCUGCCUGCUGGGACCAAGACGGAGCUGGAGUCUCCUGGUCCUGCUGUGUCUGGUGUGCUUUCAAUAAACCAAC